AUUUAUAUAGGCAGUAGUCUGAUGGAAGCGACAAUCGCCUUCAAGUCAGCUUAGCCUCUUUCAAUGUAACAUCACUAUCUCAUACUCGAGCAGUUCGGCCGACAAAUAAACCGUGUGCUACAGACCCUCUUCCCGAUUCCGUACGCGAGCAGCUGAAUUGAAAACUUUUCAUUACAUUCUAUUAAAUGGUUCUCGGAUGAGGUCCACAGUCGGAGCUAAGUCGAGCAAUAAGGUGAUUUGAAGGCAGUGAAGUAAUGAAUCUGUACCGCCGACAAUGAACCAAUAUUCUUGGUUAACGAACCGUGAUCGUACAAUUUCUGAACGGUACAAGGACAGGGCUGAAUUUGGAGAUGACAACACAGCGGUCGUUCGAGAAUUGAAUUUCAAAAAUGUUCGUUGGCAACACGUUCGCUAGUGAUGACGGUGCAGUGGCGUGAUAGUGAUGUGAUGUGAUGUUUGAGUGACAGUGAUCAUCAUGCUGCCGGCGUUACGUCGGCUGCUGGCAGCCGCUGCGGUGUUUGGCGCCACUAUCGCUAUGGCUGCUAAGAAUGUACCGAUGACGCAAGUGGUGGCGGUGUCUGGAGAGCCAGUGUACUUACCCUGCGACAUCGCGACCCAAGACGAAGAAGAUGCGGUUCUACUUGUUCUGUGGUACAGGGAAGAUCUGGGCACGCCUAUAUACAGCGUGGAUGCCAGGGAACGAGAUUUUGGAGUAGCAGAGCGGUGGUCUGACGAGAGUGUAUUUGCGUCCAGAGCCUAUUUCCUGCCAGAGAGAAGGCCCGCUGAACUCGGCGUGGACCGCGUCAGGGCUACAGACCAAGGAGUUUAUAGAUGUAGAGUAGACUUCAAACAAGCCCAAACUAGGAAUUCAAGAGUGAAUCUCACUGUUAUUGUGCCGCCUACUAAAAUGGUAAUCACGGACGACAAAGGUGAUAUCAAGCAGGCUAUUGUGGGACCAUACAUCGAAGGAGAUACGUUUUCACUUACAUGUGACGUCACCGGAGCACGACCUCGACCGUGGGUGAAGUGGUACAGAGACGAGGUAGAAACCGACACACCAGCUUCUCCGCUAUCCGGGAAUGGAGUUCGAGGAGUUCUCAGGGUAGGACCACUUACGAGAGCAGAUGUAAGAGCAGCCUUCACCUGCCGCGCGUCCAAUCAUCCAAGAGCGCAUCCCGUUGAAACAACUCUCACUUUAGAUAUGAAUUUUCCUCCACUAACAGUCCACAUACUGGGCUCCAAUCAACCGCUCUCGGCGAGCAGAAGAUAUGACCUGCUUUGUCAAAGUUCGGGAUCCAGGCCACCCGCUUCUAUUACCUGGUGGAAAAACGGACAAAGAAUCAACAACGCCAAAGAAACGCUGUCAACGGAUGGCAACACGACGACUUCUACAGUGUCCUUGCAACUGACCAAAGCAGAUGCUGGAGCCAAGUUAGCCUGCAGGGCGUCCAAUCCCCAAAUGCCUUCUGUUCCACCGUUGGAAGAUGACUGGAUGUUGGAUAUACAGUAUGUUCCCGAAACAGUAGUACGGUUAGGCACAAAUUUAGAUCCCAAGAACAUUCGAGAAGGAUCUGACGUCUAUUUCGAUUGCGUUAUCAACGCACACCCUUAUGUCUACAAAGUGGAAUGGAGACACAAUGGAAAGCCACUGGUCCACAACGUAGGUCACGGAAUCAUCAUCAGCAAUCAAUCCCUGGUUCUCCAAGGCGUAGGAAGACGUACUGCUGGCAACUACACCUGCGUCGGCUUCAAUGCUGAAGGAGACGGAGAGAGCAAGCCGUUCUCAUUGGAUGUGUUAUAUGCGCCAACCUGCCGAAGUUCACAGCAAAGGGUUCAUGGAGUGGCGAAGCAAGAACGCGCCCACAUAACCUGUCACGUCGAUGCGAACCCACCUGAAGUCACUUUCCGGUGGACCUUCAACAACACAGCCAACAGCAACGAGGUCAGCGACUCCUACGUGUCCCGCGCCGGUACCAGCUCCACCGUGACCUAUACUCCUCACACCGAAAUGGACUACGGGACCCUGCUUUGCUGGGCCCACAACAGGAUCGGGAAGCAACGAGUGCCCUGCGUCUACCAUAUCAUUGCUGCCGGCCGACCCGACCAAGUCCACAACUGCACGGUGGUGAACGCAUCAUUAACCUCGUUCGGGGUUCGAUGCUCGGAGGGCUUUAACGGCGGCCUCCCGCAAUCCUUCCUGUUGGAAGUCCGGGAAAUCAUUACCCAGGAAAUCGUCGCGAACGUUUCAAGCGCGGUACCACGUUUCACUGCGGUCGGUCUCGCGCCCGGCAGGACAUAUGCCGCAGCUAUUUUAGCUUAUAACGCUAAGGGGAGGGGAGAUCCUUACCCUUUACGAGCGAGCACGCUGCGGCCGCCAGAAAAGCAUCACGUGCAUGACAAAAGCUUAGAUCUACCAAGAACAGCCUUCCAAAUGUCAGGAGCAAUGUCCGCCGCUGUGGGCGGUGGCGGAAUCAUCAUGGUCAUUCUGGUGAUCUUCAUGAUUGGCGUGAAGCAUCGUUGCGCAAAACGCAAGCCUAGGUCUGCUGCUCCACAAUCACAGCCAGCGUCCCCGGACAAACUCAGAGAGAAGGACGACAGUGAGAGUGACGACAGGAACCCUGAUAUAAUACCCUCGGAUACAGAUCAGAUGCAGAUGGAUUACUACCGUCAGCAGCAAGUGUCGACGAUCUCCCCCCCGCUGGGGCGUACGCGCGGCAGCGUGGCGGGCGUGCGGGCGCUACCUGCGUACUGCGCGCUACGGACGGCGCCUCCGCAUCCGAUGCACGAACAAAACAACUCGACGUCGGGAAUCCCGCCGCCCGCGCGGUUCGCGAGCGGGUCGUGCACGCUGCCGCGGGGCGCGGGGGCGGGAUCGGGCGCGGGCGCGGGAUCCGUGAUCCCGCUGCAGCACCUGCGCACGCUACCCCGCCCGCUCCCCGCACCGGCGCCCACCCCGCGCCUCCCGCCCCGCGACACCCCGCUCUGACAGACCACGCAACUCUAGGUGCAAUAUGAACUGCUCAAAACUCACAACGUGGUUACCUUCAGACAGCUUCUGGUAGCUUACUUCGGUAUUUCAAGAAAAUGUUUUAUAUAGCACUGUUGUUAUCUUAGAGCAAGUUAAUUAAGCAUGUUUUCGACAAAAAAUCUUCUGCGACCAUUGUUAAUUCGUGUGAUGAUCGUCUCGAACUGUUUACGUCAUGUUAAAUAAUGUGUUUUAUGACAAGCGAUAAUAACGAAAUAUUUUAAUUGGCAAUACUACACUUACCAAAGAGCGUUAUUCUUAUAUUCCCAACUGUCUAUGUUCAAAAUAUACUCUGAAGAAUCGGUUGUCUUUAGCAUCAGUCAUGAUCAAAUUAUAUUCUAGGCUUUCAAUAAUAAUAACGAAACUCUUAAUAUAAUAAUAUUCGGACAGUUAUAGUCUCGCUCUAUUUCGUGUUCUACAAUUUUGAGCGACCACGACGAAGUCUAUGAAUUUGUCAAAUUAAGGUCUUAACGCACACCGAAGACAAGGAUUGAACGCUUCUUAAAGUCAUAACGAUAAUAAAACUAAUUGCCAUUCUAAUGCUAUACGGGUAUCCUUUCUACAACACGAUAUUUUACAACACGGUUCCACUUUUAACACGAAAAGAAAAGUUCUCGAAAACCCUCUUAUAACACGAUACUUCUACAACACGAUAACGAGAUUUUUGUUUAAAAAAUAUUUAGAAAAUUAUAUUAUGCACUAAUAAUUAACACACAUUUUAAGGAAACCGAAAUUUUUCUGCUUAUUUUUUAAGUAUAAUAGGCGGUGGACCUCUUGUGAGUCCGCUCGGGUAGCUACCACCACCCUGCCUAUUCCUGCCGUGAAGCAGUAAUGCGUUUCGGUUUGAAGGGUGGUUCAGCCGUUGUAACUAUACUUGAGACCUUAGGAAUUAAAUCUCAAGGUAGAUGGCGCAUUUACGUUGUAGAUGUCUAUAGGCUCCAGUAACCACUUAACACCAGGUGGGCUGUAAGCUCUUUCAACUAUCUAAGCAAUAAAUAAAAAGAAAGGUAAAAAUAUACAUAUAGGCAUACUUGAGAUGUUUCAUUCAAAAAAAAUCUCCUUUUUGUAUUUACUGGCUUCUAAUCUCAUAUAACACGGUUUCCCACAACCCGGGACUUUGUAGAAACAUAUCUACCGUGUUAUAGGAAGGUUACCUGUGAUUAAUUAAAAUACUGAUCGUGAUUGGUGGAAAUUUUAGAUGAGCAGAGUAUUUUUAAUCGUAUAUGUCAUAAACACAAAGAAGGCUAAUUUUAUUAUUUGUCAUCACAUAUCAACGAUCGACAAAGAAGACACGUGUUUGAUAUGUAAAAUAGAUUCGACUGAUGAGUGAUGCACAAGAAUGUUUUAUUGUCAACCUUAAUUAAUAAAUUACAAUUACUAAUAUUAUAACACGAAAAUGUGUUUGUCGGUUUGCCACAUUACUAUCGUAAAGUUUAUGGAUCGUUAAGUAACAUUGACUUUUAUCGUUCGAUUUUCGACUUGCAAAUUAAACACGCAUGAGAAACUGCGGGUCACACUUAAUCGCAAAUAUGUACCCCAGGCUUCGCUUUUUUUUUAUUGCUUAGAUGGGUGG